AGCAGUCAUUUAUGACACCUGCAGCCGGGAGGCAGCAGCGUACACGCGGAGCGUCUAACUUUCCGGAAACUGAGACACGAGGCGAGUAAAACAUUUUCUACCGGCUCUUUCUCUUUGUCCAUCCACCUCCAGCUGAAGCGACAUCCACAGCGACACCAUGGCGACUGUUGUAGACACAAAACUAUACGACAUCCUCGGAGUGUCUCCAUCCUCUACUGAGAAUGAGCUGAAGAAGGCUUACCGGAAACUGGCCAAAGAAUAUCACCCUGACAAGAACCCUAAUGCUGGUGACAAGUUCAAAGAAAUCAGUUUUGCCUAUGAGGUGCUGACCAACCCUGAAAAGAAGGAACUUUAUGACCGCUAUGGAGAACAAGGCUUGCGGGAAGGAGGUGGGGGUGGCCCAGGGAUGGACGACAUCUUCUCCCACAUCUUUGGCGGUGGACUUUUUGGAUUCAUGGGAGGCCAGGGGGGUCGUGCAAGGAAUGGAGGUCGGAGGAGAGGAGAGGACAUGGUCCAUCCACUCAAGGUGUCACUGGAGGACGUUUACAACGGGAAGACAACUAAACUUCAACUUAGCAAGAAUGUACUGUGUAGUACUUGUAACGGGCAGGGAGGCAAGACGGGCGCUGUUCAAAAAUGUACCUCGUGUAGGGGGCGUGGCAUGCGCAUCAUGAUCAGACAGCUGGCCCCAGGAAUGGUCCAACAGAUGCAGUCUGUGUGUACCGAUUGUAACGGAGAAGGUGAAGUUAUCAGCGAGAAGGACCGCUGUAAAAAAUGUGAGGGCAAGAAAGUCGUGAAAGAGGUGAAGAUUCUGGAGGUACACGUGGAUAAAGGCAUGAAGCACGGCCAGAAAAUUACCUUCGGAGGGGAGGCUGACCAGGCACCUGGCGUCGAGCCGGGGGAUAUAGUCCUCGUCCUGCAGGAGAAAGAGAAUGAGACAUUCAGGCGAGACGGCAACGACCUGUUCAUGAACCACAAGCUCGGGCUGGUGGAGGCGCUGUGCGGCUUCCAGUUUAUGCUCAAACACUUGGACGAAAGACAGAUUGUUGUGAAGUACCCCGCUGGCAAAGUCAUUGAACCAGGCUCAGUCAGGGUGGUGCGAGGAGAGGGCAUGCCACAGUACCGAAACCCCUUUGAGAAGGGAGAUCUGUACGUCAAGUUCGAUGUCCAGUUCCCCGACAACAACUGGAUUAGCCCUGAGAAACUUGUGGAGCUGGAGGACAUGCUGCCCUCGCGGUCGGAGCCGCCCAUCAUCACGGCGGACACCGAGGAGGUCGACCUGCAGGACUACGACGUCAGCCAGAGCUCGACGUCGGGUAGCCGCAGAGAAGCCUACAACGACAGCUCUGACGAAGAGGGCGGCCAUCACGGGCCGGGGGUUCAGUGUGCCCACCAGUAGUGUCUCUCUGUUUCUCUCUCUCACUCUCACACACACACACACACACAC